AUGCAAGGCUCGCUCUGUCUAGCAUGUUCCUCCACAAUCCCUUCCACCGCGAAACCAGCUAGUAUAUUCAUCCAUUCCUGCUGUUCCAAACCGGUAUGCGCCAACUGUUUGGCUUCGAAUCCGAGAUUAGCAAAUUUCUGUCCGUUAUGUGAAGAUGCUCAAGCGGCGUUUAGGAAGGGUCCGAGAGCGGAUGUUACGAGGGUGGGACAGGUGGUUUUUGAUGCGAAGAGGUUGUGGGAGAGUGAAGAUGGGGAUGCUCCUCCGCCGUAUAGUGGGGCUCAGGGAGAAUCAGAAGGUGUAGGAAACAGUGAGGAAAAUGGAGAGUUUGUGCUUGGACAAGUUGAUGAGGAGGAGGGGGAGGUUGAGGGUAGAGCAGAGAGGAAGCGGGGAAAGGGGCCGACAUUGUUAGCUAGACAAGGGUCGAAGUCGAGUGCUGGAGCGGAAGUUGAUUUUUCACCACCCAGCACUGACUCCAGUUCGGAGCAAGGCACAUUGAUUACCGCUCAUAGACGAAAAGUCAACCCCCACAGCACCGACUUUGCCUCCAGUGAAGCACCAUCCUCGUCAAGACCAGGCGACGGUCAAACGAGACAGUACUACGUUGGCAAGACCGACACUCUUCAAUCCAUCGCAAUUCGCUUCUCUGUAUCAACCAACGAACUUUGCCUUCUCAACUCUUUUCCCCGAGCAGUGCUUUCCACCUCCCCACACCUGCUUCAUACUCGAACCUUCAUUCUUAUCCCAGCGCAUGCGGUGGAGAAACAACUAGCCUCAAGCCCGGACCUGCUGUCGAGUUUGGAAGGUCCACCUCAGAAAUCCGCCAAAGAGAAGACUACAGCGGCACGUAGGACAGCUGAGGCCAAGUUCAGAGCUGUAUUAGCGAAAGGUGGCACAGGGAUAGGGGAAACACCAGCGGACGAGAAAGCGGCGAGAGCGUAUAUUGGGUUGGCAGAGGAUGAGUUUAGGUUUGUUGAUUUUGGUGAGGGCACGGGUGAGGAUGGGUUGGCGGUCAGGUAUGACAUAGAUCUGAAGGAAGAGGGGGAGAAAGGAGGUGAGAAGGAGAUGAAAGAGGCACAGAUGGAUACAGCUAGGAGGUUGAGGUUUGAAGCCAUACUGAAGCAUGCGUUGGGAAAGUGGGAGAUGGAUUCUGAUUGGGAGCGAGAGCAGCGUUCGAUUGGGGUUGAUCCUUCGACUAUCUCGAAGCCUCUUCCCGUAUCAUCAUCGGCGACGUCAACGCCGAGUGCUCAAGGAGAGAAGAGUAGCCAUAGCAAAGGGGAAGGCAGUGUCAGCAGCUGGUUCUCAAGAGCUUUGAACGCAGAUCGAGGUGAGCAUCCACCUUCCUCCUCUCUCUCUUCCCAAUCUAAGCCUCGACAGGUGGUCGCACUCAGUAGCUCAGUGAAACUGCCUACCCAUCUCGUACAGACCUUGCCCAACGCCCAUAAAGGAGCCAUCAACGUUAUCCGCUACAACACUCUCGGACGCUACCUCCUCUCCGGCGGUUCUGAUCGCUCCAUCCGGCUCUGGAACGCCAAGAAACUUUCGCCCGAUUCGGAAGCAAUCCAAACAUACACCGAGCACGCGCACGAAGUUCUGGCGCUCGACAUCUGCCGAGACAACUCGAGAUUCGUUUCCGGCGGAGGAGAUAAGUCGGUGUACGUGUGGGAUGUAGCGAGUGGAAGCGUGGUUAGGAGGUUUGGAGGGCAUAUGGGCAAGAUCAACGAUGUGAGGUUUGGUGGAAAGGAUGGAGAUGGAAGUGUGAUUGUUGCUGGUGGAUUUGAUGGAGUGGUGAGGGUGUUUGAUUUGAGAGCUCAAGGAGCAUGGAGGCCGAUUAUGGAGCUGAAAGAGGCGAAGGAUGCGGUUACAUGGUUGGUGGUUAGAGAUGAUAGUAUUUGGUCCGGGUCGGUGGAUGGUGUACUGCGAUGCUAUGAUUUAAGAGGAGGUCAGUUAAGAGCUGAUACUUGCCCAGCACCGAUCACGUCGGUUACGCCGUCCAGGCUGGGUACUUCGGUGCUCGUCGCAACGCUAGACUCAACAGUGCGGUUGCUAGAUACUAAAGAUGGGACAUUACUACAGACGUACAAAGGGCACAAGCAUGAGAGCUAUCGCUGUAAAUCAGAUUUCACCAACGAGGAAGAUGGAGUUGUAUUUGGUGAUGAAGAGGGCAACUUGGUCGGAUGGGAUACUGUUUCAGGCGAAAGACUAGCAGUUGGGUCGAAAGGGGAAGCUGCGCAUACAAAGCCUAUUCUCUGGGUCGAACACAAUCCCGAUUCUAGUCAAGAAGGGUCUGAGAUCGUCACGGCUUCAGCUGACGGAGUUGUCAAGAUUUGGCGCACGCCUUAG